UUUUUUUUUUAUUGAAAAGUACCUCAUCUUUUCAGCUUUUUCAGUUCUUUCUUACAACGCUUCAUUUUCACAGAAAACAGAGAAAGCUAUUCAAUCUUAAAAAUGGUAUUUGUCGCAAAAAAACCCCUCCCCUCUUUUUGAACAGCACAGGAGAGAUACUAGUUCAGAUUUCAUCUCUUAAUGCUUUUGUUAUUAUACGCGUCCAUGCUAACUUUCAUGUCUUUUAUAGGGUAUGCGCAUCGACAUCAAGCGUAAAUUAUUGUCGCGUUCUGAACGUGUCAAGUGUGUGGACUUACAUCCUACCGAGCCUUGGCUCUUGACCAGUUUGUACAGUGGUAAUGUUCAAAUCUACAACUAUGAGACUCAGGCUCUCGUAAAGACUAUUGAAGUAUCUGAAACACCAGUUCGUGCUGCCAAGUUUGUUGCUCGCAAGAACUGGAUCAUUACAGGUGCAGAUGACUCUCAAAUCCGUGUUUUUAACUACAACACACUUGAAAAAGUAACUACGUUUGAAGCUCAUCCUGACUACAUUCGUUGUCUUGCAGUUCACCCUACACAGCCUCUUUUAUUAUCUGGUUCUGACGAUAUGACCAUUCGUCUUUGGGAUUGGGAAAAAGCAUGGAAAUGUGUUCAGGUCUUUGAAGGUCAUGCUCAUUUUGUGAUGCAUUUGACUUUUAAUCCCAAAGAUUCCAACACAUUUGCUUCAGCCGGUCUUGAUGGUAUGAUCAAGGUGUGGUCUCUUGGAUCUAGUGUACCCAACUUCACACUGGAUGGCCAUGAAAAGGGUGUCAAUUUCGUCGACUAUUACCAAGGUGGCGAUAAACCCUAUUUGAUCUCUUGUGCUGAUGAUAACCUAGUCAAGAUUUGGGAUUACCAAAACAAAAACUGUGUUCAAACCUUGGAAGGCCAUAACCAAAAUGUCAAUUUUGCUGCCUUCCAUCCAAACUUGCCCAUCAUUCUCUCAGGUUCUGAAGAUGGUACAGUCCGUAUUUGGAAUUCAGACACAUACCGUCUUGAGAACACAUUGAAUUAUGGCCUUGAACGCUCAUGGUGUAUGGCUACACAAAAAGGCGGUAACAAUGUUGCAUUGGGUUAUGACGAAGGUGCUGUUGUUAUCAAGUUGGGUAGAGAAGAACCUGCUGUGUCUAUGGAUGUCUCUGGCAAGAUCAUCUGGGCUAAACAUUCAGAAAUCCAGACAGCCAAUAUCAAGACAAGCAUGGAUGAGGCUAUCAAAGAUGGCGAACGAUUAGCUUUGCCUAUCAAAGACCUGGGUAGCUGUGAAGUAUAUCCUCAAACACUUCAACAUUCUCCUAACGGUAGAUUUGUUGUUGUAUGUGGUGAUGGUGAAUACAUUAUCUAUACUGCCUUGGCUUGGAGAAACAAGAGUUUUGGUAGUGGUCUUGAUUUUGUCUGGGCUGAUGAUUCCAAUGUAUAUGCUGUCCGUGAAUCUACAUCCCGUGUCAAGGUAUUCAAGAAUUUCAAGGAAAGAGCAGGUUUAUUGCCCAAGUUAAACUAUAGUGCUGAGGGUAUCUAUGGUGGUUCUUUGCUCGGUGUUCGUGGUAAUGGCUUUUUGAAUUUCUAUGACUGGGAGAAUGGUCAAGUUGUACGUCGUAUUGAUGUUGAUUCCAAGAGUGUCUAUUGGUCUGAUGCUGGUGAUUUGAUUGCUAUUGCUUCUGAAGAAUCCUUUUAUGUCUUGAGAUACAAUGCCCAAGCCUAUGCUCAGUUUGUUGAGAAUGGAGGGGAUCCAGGAGAAGAAGGUGUUGAAGAUGCAUUUGAGUUCAUUACUGAAGUGGCAGAAAAUGUCAAGACAGGUACCUGGGCUGGUGAUUGUUUCAUCUAUACCAACAGCAACAACCGCAUCAACUAUCUUGUGGGCACAGAGACAUAUACCAUCAGUCACUUUGAUAAACCCAUGUACUUGUUGGGUUAUGCUCCUAGAGACAAUAGAAUCUAUUUAGCUGAUAGAGAUGUUCAUUUCUACAGCUAUUCUUUGUCCUUGACAGUCAUUCAGUACCAAACUGCUAUUCUUCGUGGUGACUUGGAAGCUGCUUCUGCUCUUUUGGAUUCCAUUCCUAAUGAUCAACGUGGCCGUGUUGCUCGCUUCCUUGAAUCCCAAGAUCUUAAAGAAUUGGCCCUUGAGGUGACUACAGAUAUUGACCAACGAUUUGAUUUGGCUAUUCAACUUGGUAAACUCGACAUUGCUUCAGAUAUUGCACACCAAGUAGACUCUGAACCCAAGUGGAGAACAUUGGGUGAUAUUGCCAUGUCAUCCUGGAAGUUCAAGUUGGCAGAAGAAUGCUUGAUAAAAGCAAAGGAUUUGAGUGGUUUGUUACUUUUCUACACUGCUAAUGGUAACCGUUCUGGUAUUCGACAAAUUGCAGACACAGCCAUUGAGCAAGGCAAAAAUAAUAUUGCAUUCACCUGUUUAUUCGAAUUGGGUGCAAUGGAAGAAGCUAUUGACUUACUUGUCAAGACAGAACGUAUUCCUGAAGCAGCCAUGUUGGCUAGAACAUAUGUCCCUGAUCAAGUCUCAAAGAUUGUUGAACUAUGGAAGUCUGGACUUGAGAGCAAAAACCGUAAAAAGACUGCUGAUAGUUUAGCAGAUCCAAAAGAAUAUCCUAAUCUUUUCCCAGAACUCAAUUCAGUGUCUCUUGUUGAUAUUGAUGCUAAAGAGGAAGAGGAAGAACAAGAACAAGAACAAGAACAAGAACAAGAACAAGAACAAGAACAAGAACAAGAGCUUGUAGAUGCUUCUGAAGGUGCAGAAGAGCAAGAAUCACCAAAAGAACAAGAAUCACCUUCUCUCAUCUAAUACACUUACAAAAAAAAAAAAAAAGGUUGUCUUUUUUGUUUAUUUUUUCU